CUCUUUCUCCCUGAGUAAAGAUGGCGGACGAGGCGACCCGGCGGGUAGUGGCUGCGUUGCCGCUGCUGAAAACCAACGCCGGGCCGCGGGAUCGGGAGCUGUGGAUCCAGCGGCUGAAGGAGGAGUACCAAGCGCUCAUUAAGUACGUGGAGAACAAUAAGAACGCCGACAAUGACUGGUUCAGGUUAGAAUCCAACAAGGAAGGUACCAGGUGGUUUGGGAAGUGUUGGUACAUCCACAACCUCUUAAAAUACGAAUUUGCCGUCGAGUUUGAUAUUCCAGUUACUUAUCCAUCUACUGCACCGGAAAUCGCCGUUCCAGAACUGGAUGGCAAAACAGCCAAAAUGUACAGGGGAGGCAAGAUAUGCCUGACGGACCACUUCAAGCCCUUAUGGGCUCGGAAUGUACCAAAAUUUGGACUAGCCCACCUCAUGGCCUUGGGGCUGGGACCGUGGCUGGCUGUAGAGAUUCCUGACCUGAUAUCCAAAGGGUUAAUCGAACACAAAGACAAAUGAAGCCCCCACCUCACUAAUUCUGCCAGGACUCUCCGGCACUUGGAUCCUUGAUACUGACUGUCAUAUAUUUCUGUGUCUAAUUUCUUCUUGUGGAUUGCUAGCCAAUCUCUGCAUUGUGUCUCUCUAGCAAAAACAAAUUAAAAAUAAUCCUUCUGGUCUGUUAACCGUAA